GGCACCGCCUUGGAUGAUUUUGCAAAAAUAUUUAAACCUGGUGUCCACUGGUCCCGGAGCCAUCUCCUCGUUACUCUGCACACAAAACCAUCUUUUUUAUCCUCUCCACUCCUCAGAAGCACUUCUCCCGUCAAUAUGUGAAGCUAAACCCGCCCCCGAUCUCCGGAAUCACUUGGAUGUGUCCCCGAAAAUAAAUUCCCAACUCUGCGUCCGCUUGUGAGGUCCGAGCUGAGUGAAUCUUGUUAAAAGGAGCCACUUACAAACAGUGAAUGUCUCUCGGCACUGCGUUGGGGCAUUCGGCUUGGUAUAUUGAUUUCAGGCACCUGCAGAUGUUUUGAUUUUGCUGCUUUCUCUGCCGGCCUGGCCCAAGGUGGACUCCAGGCCCCGGCUGGUGAAUGACUGUUUUGAUGGGACCGUUUCUGGAGCCCUGGGGAUUGUGGGUAUAAAUGUGACCAUUGAUGAUGCUGCAAAAAGCACUUUGCCUUUGCUCUGCAGACAGUCUGGAAACACAGAUGAGCAAACUGAGAUUGGGACCAGUCUCCAGACACUGCUGAUGUCCAGAUCAUUGCAGGAUACAACAAGCAGAGGAUUUGUUUAUGGGAAUCUCAAACAAAACAUCAGCAGAUUCACACUGGGGAGAGGCCGUUCACCUGCUCUGAGUGUGGGAAGGGAUUCACUCGAUCAUUAGAAUUGCUGAUGCACCAAAGAAUUGACAGAGAAGAGGCCGUGUAUCUGCACUGAGUGUGGGAAGGGCUUCCUUCAGUCAUCCCACCUGCUGACACACUGGUGUAUUCAUACUGGGGAGUGGCCAUUCUCCUGCUCAAUGUGUGGUAAGGGAUUGGCUCAGUGAUCCAGCCUGAUGACGCACCAACGAGUUCAUGCUGGGGAAAGGCCAUUCUCCUGCUCGGAGUGUGGGAAGGGCUUUGCUGAUUCAUCCCAUUUGCUGACACACCAGCGAGUUCACACUGGGGAGAGGCCGUUCUGCUGCUCAACGUGUGGGAAAGGAUUCACUCAGUUAUCCAACCUGAUGACACACCAGCGAGUUCACAAUGGGGAGAAGCCAUACACCUGCUCCGAGUGCGGGAAGAGAUUCACUCGGUCGUCCCAUUUGCUGACACACCAGGGAGUUCACACCGGGGAGAAACCGUUCACCUGCUCCAAGUGUGGGAAGGGAUUCACGGAUAAGACCCAUUUGCUGACACACCAGCGAGUUCACACUGGGGAGAAGCCAUUCACCUGCUCCGAGUGUGGGAAGGGAUUCACUCAGUUAAACAACCUGAUAACGCACCAGAGAGUUCACACCGGGGAGAGGCCGUUCUCCUGCUCAACGUGUGGGAAAGGAUUCACUCAGGUAUCCAGCCUGAUGACACAUGAGCGGCUUCACACCGGGGAGAAGCCGUACACCUGCUCCGAUUGUGGGAAGGGGUUCACUCGAUCCUCCCUUUUGCUGGCACACCAGCGAGUUCACACCGGCGAGAGGCCCUUUGCCUGCCCUACAUGUGGGAAGGGAUACACUACGUCAUCCAGUCUGGUGAAGCACCAGCGAGUUCACGGCGGGGAGAGGCUAUUCACCUGCUCUGUGUGUGGGAAGGGAUUCCCUUGCUCAUCUGACCUGCGGCAACACCAGCGAAUUCACACUGUGGAGAAAGAUUAAACAUGCUGUAUGCUCAAUAUACAACCAUCACUGCUACUGAAAUCUAGCGCAAAUUCACAAGUGUUGCAGGUGUUCACGGGGGUCGGAUUCUGUCGAUGCUGCUGAUCUCACCCAGGAUUGAACCCUGGUCAUUGGGCACAGUUGAUUUUGUUUUGUAAUCUCUUUAACUCAGUUAGAGUUCAAUGUUCUGGAUCUCUGAUUAACAUAAAGCAUUUCUGUUUGAAACACUU